CGUCGAUCUUAUGAUAUACAUACACCUACGUACAAUUAUACAUAUGUAAGCAUGCGCAUUUUGUUAAAUGUGGAAUUUUUUUUUAUCAAAUAAGAUAUCAAAGAAUAUAACCAUUAACGAAGAAAUUAUUGGGAACUUCUUGAAAUCAUAGUUUGGUAAGUGAAAAAAAGUUUCCUUUAAUAACAUUCCAGGUAAAAAAAACAAAGAAAACAAUCCAAAUUAGUAAUAUCGACAGGGACGAUAUGCAGGAUCGUCGGGCUGGACUGCUGAGAAAUAGCUACUCGACUGUAGCUGAUGAACUUUUUUUAUACUACUGGCCAAUGAUGCAUGAAUAGUAUACUUAAAGCUGGUGUAAUUACGACAUUAGUUUCGAUAAUCUUAAAUUAUCUUGUUCCAGUGAAAAUAUAACCUCUCAUUUACUAGGAUCUAUGUGCCUUAAAUACCUUCCAGUGUAUCACCUGUCUCAUCUGACACAAAAUAUAAAUUGCGUUCUAUACUAUUAUAACAUAUUCUAUUUGUAUAGCCAUUAUCAAUGAAAACCAUCUUUUAAUUGCAUAAUUGAUUUCUAUACUGUUGAUAUAUAUAUUCCUAUGUCGAUGUUCACAGUAUUGCUCAUCGUAUAUCGUCAGUGGCAUCUUUAUGACAUCUUUAUCUUUUUAAACAUAGAUACAGAUCUUAAAUAAAGAUGACAUCUUUGUCUUUUUUCUUAAAUGUUGUCUACAAGACAACGAAAUUUUACUUAUAUACAGUUUGCAAAGUUAGUGAAUCUUAACUUUGCAUUGCUAGUGACGGUUCUUAUGUUAUUUACUUAGUUAAUUGUUUUGUGGUAUUUGUGGUUCCUGAAGAAAGAACACGUUGUUAAAGCAAAAGCAAAUUGCUUUAUCGAAAGUGUGUAAUGGGUGAUCUUUCUAUUCGUGGAUCAACUAUGCAGAAUUUUGAUGAUCUUGAUAUAGAAGGGCGUAAUCCUUCUCAUCUUUCAGAAGAAGAUAAGGAAAAGGAAGAACAUGAUCGGAAACGCUUAAUGCGAAGCAGUGUAACUGCUGAAGAUGGCACACUCAGACCUGUGUAUUCCAAAACCGAUGAUGGUGACAUAUGGUGUCACAUUUGUAACAUUGCUCUGUUUGGAGCACAUAAAUUGAUAAGUCAUAAUUCGUGUAAUCGUCAUAAAAUUAAGUUGGACGAAUGGCCAUACCCCGUGUUACUAUGGUCGAAACGUUCUGAUAUCGCGAAAGCAACUGCUCCUGUACAAUCAACUGCCAUUACGGAUGCUUUGGCUCCCGGUGAACCAGUACCACCAGGAAUGGAAGAUCAAUUAACAAGAACGACGACGAUUCAAGUGAGUUUAGAUCGCCAUAGAAGUUCGCCGCUUGUUGGUCUUGAAUAUUUACUUGAACUUGUGGACAAUGAUUCCUGCGAACCCAGUUAUACUUGUGUUUUGUGUGAUAAACGUGGUGAUCCACGGACUGUGAUGGCUCAUAUUACCAGUUACAAUCAUCGGAUAACAUAUUUGAAUAGGCAUUUUCCAACAAUAUCGCGAGCAAUUACAGAAUUACCGCGUACUCCUAAUUACAAACGUGGAGCCAACGAAAUAUCAGUGUUAGCAGCAAAAAAAAUUGAAGAACGAUUUGGAAGACUACAGCCGCAAUUAGUAGACAAGAAUCAAUUUGAAAAAAAUAAAAUGCAAUAUAUCAAAAGGGUAUAUCAAGACUAUCAUUUUAGGGAAACACCUGAGUUAACAUUAAUGGAAGUUUACGAUGUGAGAUGGGUGACAAACUUUGAAGAAAAGAUGGCUGAAAUUGCUGGUAAUAGUGGUAAUAAAAAAGAUUCUCAAUCACCCGAAGAGAAAACAGAUGGCAAAUUUAAAAAGGAAGAGAAGAAACAAGAAAGAUCAUCUCCGAAGAAAACAGAAUCUAAGCAAGAUGUUACAAAAUCGGUUUUCAAGAUACGAAUUCUUACCAAGGACAAAUUAAAUUUACGUAAACCCAGUGAAAAAAACACGGAAAAUUUAAAAAAAUCUCCUAAACGUCCGUCAGACGAGACGAAGUCCCUUUCAUCAUUAUCAAGCAUAUCAAGCAGCCCAUCGCCUUCGCGUUCAAGAUCACGUUCCCCCAUUCGUGGUAGAAGAAGUAGUGUAUCGGACAAGAGUAGCAAGUAUCGUACUAGAUCACGAUACUCUCGUGAUCGUUCGCGUUCGCGUUCACGUUCGCGUUCUCGAUCACGAUCGCGUUCGUUGGAACCACUUCGAGAACGCGACAAGUGGGACAAGUAUCGAGAACAAAUCAGACGAGCCGAGGAGACACUCGAUCGUGCACUAAAAUUUCACGAAAAGAAUCCAGAGAAACAUCCUUCUUAUCCAGACGAGUGGAAGAAGUUUUGGAACAGACGGUACAAAGAAUUGCAAGCCGAGGGCAAAGACCCGAGCAAACACGACUUCAAACCCGAAUGGAUCGAAUUUUGGAACAAACGAAUGCGCGAGAUUCACAAUGAUCAAUUACAACAAAGGAAAGAAGAAAUCAGAAAACGAUUGGAAUUAUCAGAAGAGAAGCCUCCAGAAAAAUGGAUUCCACCUUCGAGUAGACGCGAAAGAUCGCCUCCCUCGAAACGUAACAGACAUCGUAUUGAGAGUGACGAUGAAGUCGAAUACGUAGGUACGAAAACGAUAAAAACAGAUUAUUACGAUCGUCACGAUCCACGAGAAAGAGACUACGUUUAUUCUUCCUAUUCACGAGGAAAAAGUAGUAUGUAUCGUAGUUAUUAUUCUCGAAUUGCACCACGUACGAGACCUAUCCAUUACGCGACACCGUAUCCCGUAAAAGACAAAUCACCAAGCCCACCGCAAAAGGAAGAAGUACUUAGCGAAGAUUUAGAAGUGGUAGGUUUAUUGCGGCUUCUGACAGCUCUCGAGGGUCAAUUAGGCUCCCUAGGCCCUAAAAUAGUGUCACUUUUAUCACGAGCAUUAGCCGCCGAGAAAGCGAAGCCCAAUUCCGCUGAGGAAUUGCUUUACGACGAAGAAGUGAGCGUCCUAUUCGAAACGGUUAAAGAGAAACUGAAAGGGCAGCUUUUUGCUGGCAUGAUAGAAAAAAUGGCCAUCGCGCCAACAAAGACAGCAAUACAAAACAUAGCGCAAUUAUUACACAAAGCAACUGAAAGUAAGAAGAAGAUGGAAGAGGAAAAGAAGAAAAAACAUGAGCUUCUCGAAGCGAGUAGAACUAGUAAUUUUAUGAGUGGAAGAACUGUAUAUCCUAGACCCGUUAACCUAGAAAUGGUUACACCACCAAUUAAUUCCGAACCAGUCACCGUUCCUGGCGUAGGAACCGUAGACAAAGUUGCGAUAGCUCAACAAAUCGCUGCUGCUCUUGUUGCGCAAGGCAGAUCGAAUGUGUCUCAGGAAGAAUUAGAAACAUUGAUAAAUGCGGUAGUUGGUAUGGCGGAAGCAUCGAAACAUUCGGACAAGCCUGUUACCACCGCUGACUUUGUGAAAGGUUUAGCAAGUGGUAGUACCGGCGUAACUGGUAGUGUUACAAGUGGUAUCACGACUGGAAUUACAGGCACCUUUCAAAGUAGUACGUCCACGUCCGCAUCAACUUUAGUAACUUCGACGUUAACCGACACGAUGGAUCAAGUUUCAAGAAUGGAAAAUUUAUCGGACGCAGAUUUAAAGACGCUCUUACAAAAUUUCAAAGAUCUAAGCACCCACGAACAGCACGGUCUUAUAAAUUUCCUUAAAAAGUUAGAAGCAACCGAUUUACCCAGAGUAGAAAAAUUAAGAGCAUUCGUUAAUUUAAGCGUCGUGGUACCUUCUAGUAUAUCCUUAUCAAAAAAAUCACCUACCCCUGAACUGCUCGAAAUGUCAACGAGCAAGACGAAUAGAAAAGCCUCGCCGUUCUCUACGCGUAAAGGAAAUCAGAAUCCAUCGGAUGAAGAAAACAAAUGGGUACCUAAGUUAGAUAUGUUUGCUAACGACGAUGAGGAAGAACAACAGCAACAAAAGAAAGACGAGGAUAAAUCUAAAGUGAAAUUAGAAUUAUCGGACGAUGACGACGAUUAUACUUUCGAAGACAUUUACAAAGCAGCCGAUAAAAAUGUGAAUGAAAGUGAGAAAGCCAAAAAAAGGACACGUGCUUUUUCGAAAUCGAUUUCGAAUUCGCCUCGCUCGUGGUCUAGAUCACGUUCGCGUUCGCGUUCGCGUUCACGAUCACCAGCAACGAGAACUUCGGAUAUCGCGAAAUCUAAUGAUCCCAAUGCGAUUCUAAACGAAACUAAACGUUUAAUAGCAAAUAUCAUGGGUGAUCUUCCAAACAAAUACGUACCAAAAUCACAUAUAAACUUCGCCAGUGAAAAUUCAGAACAAAGAUCGUCAGGUUCGAAGAUGAUGGAUCAUACUUCAUCGUCGAUAGCUCCAAUGCAAAACUUUUAUAAUCAAAGUUAUGACCCAUCAACUAAUCAGCCACCGCGACCACAAGCUCCACCAUUAACUUAUCCAAACGUACCUAAUCAACAAUUUCCGAAUUAUCCACCUCAACCGCAAGUUUUUGGUUCUAAUCAGAAUUACAUGGACAAUGGUUAUAAUUAUCAAGGAUAUAGUAACAUGAGUAAUCAAAAUCAAUAUGGUCCGUCGACCGUGCCACAAAAUCAAUACUCUCCACAGCAAGGAUAUGGUGCUUCUACUGGUUACGGUGGUCCACCAGGUGGUCAUCCAUCCGGUUAUCCUCAACAACAAUCACCUCAACAACCGCAACAACCGUAUGGUGCAUACGCGCAACAGCAACGUUUCUAUUAAAGACUUCAUUGUAUAAUAUGCUAGCGCGUGUGUCGAUAAAAGAAAACCAUUAACUAAUUUUAUACGAAUCAUCGAUACUCGAUCAAAACAGUAUCUUUUUAUUCCUAAAUGUUUUUGCAAGUACUUUCAACUAACUCGGAAUAGGAUUAUCAAGAUAAUCUUUUACAAUGUUUUAUGAUCAAAAUGUCGGAAGUUUUAAUUUCAGAAGAGAGAACAUUAUUAUCCGUAUAUUUAUGUUAA